GGAAUUGCUAAUCCUGCCGUUUUCCGUCAUCGAUCUCCGUGCUAAGAAAGCACCCACAUGUGACGCUGAUCUCGCCAUUCUGCAUGUGCCCCGUCUUUACAUCGCUCUUUCCUCCCUCACUUCCCUUCUCCCAAACAGCGAAGCCGAAACUCCCUGCUUCUCUCUCUUUAUAUAUAUCCUUUCUUUUCUCUUCCAUUGUUUUUCCGUUGCAGAAAUUCAGGCGAAACAGAAGAAUCUCCGAAAGAUCCUCUCGUCCGUCACCGACAUCCUCAAAAUCUCACAGACCAAUCAAAUCGAUCCACCUCAUCAGGAACAAAUGAGAUCCUCCGCCGCCACCAUUACAACAACUACCAAAGCCGUAAACCCCCUUAUAACCUUCGAGCACAAGAGGGAUGCGUAUGGAUUUGCGGUGAGACCUCAGCAUGUGCAAAGAUAUCGAGAAUAUGCUAAUAUCUACAAGGAAGAAGAGGAGGAAAGAUCAGAUAGGUGGAAUGAUUUCUUGGAACGUCAAGCAGAGUCUGCUCAAUUGUCUUUCAAUGGGAUAACUUCAGAGAAUGGAAAAGAGCCCACAUACGUCGAAGCUGCAGAGGAUGGGAACAAUGAAUUGCAGAAGGGAGCUGAAGGAGAUGAUUUAUGUGAAAAGAGGUCUGGUUCUGAUAGCAUGUCUGAGAAUGAAACAGAAAAAGAGAAGGUACAGUCUGCACCAGGGAAAAGAGUUCAUCCAACCCAAAUAUGGACUGAAAUUAGACCAUCCCUUCGGGCCAUUGAAGAUAUGAUGAGCAUUCGUGUAAAGAAGAAAGGCAGUUUAUAUAAAGAUGAUCAAGAAACUGGUCAAGGGAAUCUGUUAGCUCCUACUGAAGAUGCCAGAUUCCCAAAGGGAGCAUCAGAGGAGGAUUCUGAGGAUGAAUUUUAUGAUGCAGAGAGAUCUGACCCAGUUCCGGAUGCCCCUACUAGUGACAGAGCAAGUACCACAAUAGGUGCUGUUGCUGCAGAUGCAGCUCCUACAGAAUCUUUAUUUCCCUGGAAGGAAGAGUUGGAAGUUCUUGUUCGUGGUGGAGUGCCAAUGGCUCUUAGGGGAGAGCUUUGGCAAGCCUUUGUUGGUGUGAGGACACGCCGAGUGGAGAAUUAUUACCAGGAUCUGCUUGCUAAUGAAAUUAAAUCAGGCAACAACUCCGAACAACAGAGCUUCCAGUCAAAUUGUAAGGGUUCAACCACAGAGUCCAUAUGUGGGCCCGAGAAAUGGAAGGGACAGAUUGAGAAGGAUUUGCCCCGAACAUUCCCAGGUCACCCUGCACUGGAUGAUGAUGGUAGAAAAGCUUUGAGACGGUUGCUUACAGCCUAUGCUCGACAUAACCCCUCUGUUGGGUACUGUCAGGCCAUGAAUUUCUUUGCGGCCUUGUUACUUCUCUUGAUGCCUGAAGAAAAUGCCUUCUGGGCUUUGAUGGGCAUUAUUGAUGACUAUUUUGAUGGCUAUUACUCAGAGGAAAUGGUUGAGUCUCAGGUUGAUCAACUUGUUUUUGAGGAAUUGGUGCGUGAGAGAUUUCCCAAACUGGUCAAUCAUCUAGAUUACCUGGGAGUGCAAGUGGCAUGGGUUACUGGACCAUGGUUCCUAUCCAUUUUUAUGAACAUGCUUCCAUGGGAAAGUGUGCUUCGAGUCUGGGAUGUGCUCCUGUUUGAAGGAAAUCGAGUCAUGCUUUUUAGGACAGCACUUGCUUUAAUGGAGUUCUAUGGCCCUGCAUUAGUUACAACUAAGGAUGCGGGAGAUGCAGUUACUUUGCUACAAUCAUUGGCUGGCUCAACAUUUGACAGCAGUCAACUUGUAUUGACAGCUUGUAUGGGUUAUCAAAAUGUAAAUGAAAAAAGAUUACAUGAGUUAAGAGGGAAGCAUCGGUCAGCUGUAAUAGUUGCUGUUGAGGAAAGAUCAAAGGGGCUUCAAGCUUGGAGGGAUUCUCAGGGCCUGGCAUCUAAGCUAUAUAGUUUUAAGCGUGAUCCUAAGUCGAUGCUUGUGGAAACAAAUAAGACAGGACGACUGGUUGAUUCAAAAACAAAUGGGGAUCUCUCUCGUUCCGAGUCUGGUUCCACAAAUGCGGAUGAAGUUCUUCUUAGUCUGACAGGAGAUGCUGAGUUUGAUGCUGUUCCUGAUCUUCAAGAGCAGGUUGUAUGGUUAAAGGUUGAGUUGUGCAGGUUGCUGGAAGAGAAAAGAUCAGCUGUCCUCAGAUCUGAGGAGCUGGAGACAGCUUUGAUGGAGAUGGUUAAGCUGGAUAACCGGCGCCAAUUAAGUGCUAGGGUGGAGCAACUAGAGCAAGAAGUUGCUGAGCUUCGUAAAGCACUUUCUGAGAAGCAAGAACAAGAAAAUGCAAUGCUUCAGGUCUUAAUGCGGGUGGAGCAAGAACAAAGGGUGACAGAAGAUGCUCGCAGAUUUGCUGAACAAGAUGCAGCUGCACAAAGAUAUGCUGCUCAAGUGCUUCAGGAAAAGUACGAAGAGACCAUUGCUUCACUUGCUGAAAUGAAGAAAAGAGUGGUAAUGGCAGAAUCCAUGUUGGAAGCUACCUUACAGUACCAGUCUGGACAAAGUAAAGCCCAACCUUCUCCACGAUCUUCACAUCCAGAUACACCAGCAUGCAGCAAUCAAGAGCCCCAACAAGAAAUCCCCACCCGAAAGAUUAGUUUACUUUCUCGACCAUUUGGACUUGGCUGGCGUGACAGAAUCAAGGGAAAGCCCAAUAAUGCUGAUGUGCCAAAUGGUGGGAAGCCCUCUAAUGAGGGUCAGAAUACCGAAAUCCUGCAGAAAGACACAAAUGCUAAGGAAACAAAUGGCAAGGACACGAACGACAAGGACACAAAUGGCGUGGAAGUUCAAGAUAAGGAGUGAAAAUUCCCGGUUUGUCUUGUUAAUACCUGCAUACAUAUCCUUCUUUUGCUGCCUCCAAUUCUUCCAUUCAUCGGCCAUGGUAGAUAAUUUUUAUUUAACAUUUUCAGGAGGGUAGUAGCUUGCUUGUCUGUAUUUUUUAACUGGAAAACGAACAUAAUACUCAUUUUGAUUUCUUUUCGUUCGGUUAUUAGAUACUAAUAAUACUAGUUUGUACAAGGGGAAGAGAAUGCAAGAACAAGAGUUAAGAAUAGGGAAUCACCUGUAAGUAUACAUGGGGUUUUAAUGUUUGCUUCUUUGAUAGAUAUUUCAAUUUUUUUGGAUAUUUGAGGGCUAUCAAUAUUAUAUUUCUGUACUGAUUUUUUUUUAUACAAAAGGGGUCCUAGGUUGAAGAUUGAAAAUGAAAUUGUUGGUGUUAUUUUCUCAGACAAAUUUUAGUUGAACUAAUGGCGUGCCUAGGGGUGUAAUCGAGUUAGUUAAUAUAGUGUUAUGUUUGAGUUUGGCUUGAUUAAAAAACUUGAGAUACAAGUUUCGUCAAAUUUUAUUUCAUUUUUAUUUUUUUGCCCUCAA